GAUGACUCAUAUAUAUUAUUUUGAGAGUUGAUCAUUUGAUCAUAUCCAUUUGACACAUCACCUAUAGAUGAUCUUAUCUCUAUAUUUCUACUCUUCUUUCCCUUUUUUUUUUUGCACACACAUCAAUGUAGAAUUUAUUUUAUAUUCUCUCUCUCUUUUUUUUCUUACUAAUUUGAUAGGAUUUUUAAGAGGAAAAUAUUGUUGAUUUUGUGCUUUCCAUAAUUUAAUUUCAAAGAGCAAAAUUAUUUAGGGAAUUAUUUUGAAUCUGGUGAUCUUGUGCAAGAGUAUAUUUUAUGUGAUUGAACCUAUGACACUGUAAAUUUCAAAACUUUAAUCAUAUUUAGUGGAGUAUUUUAUUGUGAGUAAUAAAUAAUUAUAUUUGUAAUUAAUUGGAGUUUAAAAGCGUGACUUUUCAUGGUCCUUCUUCUCUUCCUUUCUUCAAGAUAAAUAUUAGAACUGGUCAGGUACAUGAAGGUACGCCUGGCACUGUUCUUUAUUUAACGGAAAAGCCCUCGAUUUAUUCUUCAGUUUAUACCCAAAAUCGUUUAUUAAAAAUUAAAUAAAUGUAAAAAAACCCCUACUUUUCUUUCUUCUUCCCCAUGGCCAUGCAAGGGUAUAAGAUUCUACUCGAUUCUAUAUAUUCUCAUAAUGAAAUUUUGGCUCGGUUUCCUUUUCCUGAAGGUGGGUCAGCGACCAUAAGCUGACCAAUAAUUACAAAGAUGGAAACUUUUUAUUGUUUCCUCUUCUGGGCAGCUUUCAAUAAUUUCCUAAUAUUGCCAUGAAAAAACUCGUCAAAGAGGAAAAUUUCCUAAUGGAGGUUUCGACAUGGAAGAUGACAUGUCAAGCAUUGUUUUGAAUGGAGGGGCGAAUGGGAUCCAGGAAGCAGCUGAUUCCAAUGGCAGCGUGCAUUCACUCCCUCCAAGCAAGCGUGCCAAGACUGGUUCUAAAUCUUCCUCGGCAAAAUACAAAGGAACAGUGAAGCAGCAAAAUGGGCACUGGGGCGCCCAGAUAUACGCUAAUCACCAGCGCAUUUGGCUCGGGACUUUCAAGUUGGAGAAGGAAGCUGCCAUGGCCUAUGACAGUGCAGCAAUCAGGCUGCGAUGCGGGGAUUCCCACCGGAACUUUCCUUGGACUAAAGCUACUGCUGAAGAGCCAAAGUUCCAAAGACAUUACAGCACAGAUACUUUGCUCAACAUGAUCAAAGAUGGCUCCUAUCAAGCCAAAUUUGAAGACUUUCUGAGGAAUAUUUGCUUAGAACAUUUGGAGAAAGAGGCUUGUCUCGGCUUAGAUAGUGUUAACAAAGGUGGAGUGUUGUUCAAGCAACUGCUUUUCCAAAAGGAGCUCACACCAAGUGAUGUAGGCAAGCUGAAUAGACUUGUGAUUCCCAAGAAAUAUGCCACCAAGUAUUUGCCUCGCAUUUCUGAAGAGAAACCAGAGGAGAAGGAAAGUCACAAUGACGGGAUGGUAGAUGACAUGGAGGUGGUGCUCCAUGACAAUUCAAUGAGAUCAUGGAAGUUUAAGUACUGUUACUGGAGGAGCAGCCAGAGCUUUGUUUUCACUAGGGGUUGGAGUCGGUUUGUCAAGGAAAAAGGACUCAAGGCGAAUGACACCAUCGCCUUCUACUUAAGCGAGCAGAGAUUGUACGAAAACAAUGCUCGAGCUUUUGCUAUGAUCGAAGUUGUUGAAGACAACAGCGGAUUGUUGAUCGAGGGUGCAGCAAAACAUUCAUGUCUUGGAGUGAAUUUUGGCAAGGGUGUCCAUAAACAAGCUGAAGCUGACAAGGAAGAAGAUGGUGAAGUGGUCGUGGAAGAAGCCAGCAAUGAAAUUCCUAAGGCUGGCAAUUCAGGUUUUAGGCUAUUUGGAGUGCAAAUCAUUUGAUCUGAUUGAGUUUUUUGUUAGUACUUUUCGGCCCAUAUCUAAGCUAGUUAGUCCUAAUUUUGCACGACCCUAUAAUAUGCUACUAAAGUUUAGUUAGUUAAGUAGUACUUAGCAAGUUGAGAAUUUUAAUUUUAAGAUUAUGUAUCCUAGUGGUAAAAUUUUGUGGUAUGAUAUUCCAUUCAAACUGGUUUUUGUUCAUAUUUGGUUUGUAGUCUUAGACUUACAAUUUUCAGCAGCCAAUUAUGCAUAUAUUGCUCUCAA